AUGGAAAGAAAUCAUUCUGUCAGGUUUUCAACGAACAGGCCAGUUGAGCAUCAAGUCCGUGCCAACUACCCCUCCGAUGAUGCGUUGGAAAAGCUCUUGGCUAUGCCAAAGGCUGAGCCCGUAGAGGAUAAGAAAUUCGAUCGAAUGGAUUUUUUCACUGCCGCUAGUUUAGAUGUAGGUCAUUUUCCGUUGGAUUGGGCUUCGGCUAUGAGUCAAAUUCUUUCCAAGUUUAGAUGUUCAACCCACGGACUGGUGAGAAGUUUAAUUUUGGAGAGGCGGAAGCGAAUCGAAGGAAUUGGGCAGGUUGGACUCCACUCAUGUAUGCUAUAUAUCUUGGGCAUGAGGCUACUGCAACUGUUUUGAUAAAGCAAGGAGCAGAUGUUGAAGCCAAGAAUCAGAAAGGGCAAACGCCGCUGAUUUUAGCUGCUGGAUGCAAUUCAGAGAAAAUGGUUGGGACUUUUAAAUUCUUGCCGGCUCAGAGAUAGGUUCAAAAAUUACGUAACCUUCAGGUAGAUCUCCUUCUCCGUCACGACGCCAGAAUCGAUGCCGUAGACGUUGAUGGGAGGUCGGCGCUUCAUUAUGCUUCUCUUUAUGAUCAGGAAGCUGUUGUUUUUCUACUGUUAAAUCAUGGAUCAGAUCCAAAUUUGGCUGAUAGAAAAAGUGGAACUACUCCGUUGUUGAUGGCUUGUGAGGGUGGGAAGACCAAAAUCAUCCAUGAAAUGCUAAUGCAUGUAAGGGAAAUUUUUUGUAUGAUCUAUUUAAGGAGAUACUCACCUUUUUUUACCAUCACAUCUAUCUUAGGGAGGAGAUCCAAAGAUCCGUAACUUACGCAAUGACUCUGGAGAAGAAUUAGUUCAGCAUACCGAGCACAAAGAAGCAAUCAAUCUGGUCAAACAGGUAUAAACACCCCAUAAAUUUGCUAUUUUUAGCACAUCAAUAUUUACGAAGCCCUAAGGCAGGAAGGAUUGGAGAAGUACAUUCCAAACUUUCAAGCGCAGAACACAACUUGGAAGAAGUUUUUGCGAAUGGGGAAUCAGGAAUUUGACAUGCUCGGAAUCGACUUACUCGGACCGAAAAAGAAGUUGGAAAAUAUUAGGAAAGGAUAUUUAAGUCGGUAUAACCUGAAGGACCCUGGACAAGGUGGAGUAGUCUUACAGCAGGUAAGCCGCCUCCAAACGAUAAAUAUCUUUUUAAGGCUCCUGUCCAACCCCCUCCAGCCCCAUUAAGACCGGUGGUUGAGACGCCCGGUGAAGUGGAGAAUGACAACGUACGUUUCUUCGACUUAUUGUGCACUUGUAGAUGGCCAAAUUAAGGAUUAUCCAGCGACAAUUGAUUGGGGUCCAUCAGAAGCUCAGUGACUUUCUCAGUGCUCAAAGAUCGAUUUCGGAGUCUGAUUUGAGAUCCGUCAUCAACACAGUGGACGAGAUCAAUAGUAGAAUCUCUCAGUUGUUAUAG